AUGGUGCUGGGAACUGGACCUGGUGGCACCGGCACAACUGAACCCAGUGCCACCAACUGGACCUGGUGUCACCAACUGGACCUGGUGUCACCAACCAACAUGGACCUGGUGUCACCAACUGGACCUGGUGUCACCAACCAACCCUGGUGUCACCAGCACAACCUGACAGCAACUGAACCCAGUGCCACCAACUGGACCUGGUGUCACCAACUGGACCUGGUGGCACUGGCACAACCGGACCCAGUGUCACCAAUUGGACCUGGUGUCACCAACAAGACACGGUGUCACCAACCGGACCUGGUGUCACCAACUGGAAUUGGUGUCACCAACCGGACCUGGUGGCACUGGCACAACCUGACAGCAACCGGACCCAGUGUCACCAAUUGGACCUGGUGUCACCAACCAGACAUGGUGUCACCAACCGGACCGGACCCAGUGUCACCAACCGGACCUGGUGGCACCAACCAGCCCCGGUAUCACCGGCACAAGCGGUGACCGGACCCAGUGUCACCCACAGGACAAGCUGUCACAUCAUAGACAGAAACCACUGUCAGCAAUGGGUGCUGUGGCCACCCUCAUGGCUCCUCCUGGCCAAUAAAUGCCCCCUCUGCUCAUUA